AUCGUGCGUUUAUAUUCUACGCCUAUACAUAUCGAGUAAGAGGGUGCGCCAACUAGCAGUGUAUAUAAUAAUCGGGUGGUGCUGCGAGCCAGAGAUCCUCUAUAUAUACAGUUUAUACGAGUCGCGAGACAUCCUUCUUCCCUCUACAUACACACGCAUACAGGCACACAUGCCGUCUAGGUAUUUAAAAUGGUCGGUUCGUCCGUAGCCGAGCGUCAGUCUCGCCUCGACGUCCGACCGGCUCGCGCUCCUUAUACUCUCCCCCUCUUUCCAACGCGCUUGUCUUUCUCUCUGCUGUUGCCGCUGCUGCAGUAGUAUAGUUGUAUAGCCGGUCCUGCGCCGAUAUAUUGUCUUCUCUGUAGUACGCGAUUAUACUUCGUACUAGUCUCUAAAAGUGGCUUGCCGAUUUUUUUCGGGAGGAAAAAUCGGUAAUUUUGUGUUGUAACAAGUGCGCCAGUACGAGUACUGUAUAGCAGUCAUGAUUCACCCGGAGACUUAUCGGCCCAGCGCUGUUUCUAAUCUGCUCACGAUUAGCCCUCUUGUCAUCUUGGCUCUUUUGUCCUAUGGCGCACCAGCCGACGCCGCUGCCAAAGGACACAUCGAUUUCGGAUACAGCGGCCCACACGGUCCAGCUCACUGGGCGGAAGACUACGACACUUGCUUCGGCAAGCACCAGUCGCCCAUAAACAUCUUGGAGCACGACGUGAGGGACACGAAUUUGCCGCCGCUGCUCUUUUCCGGAUUGGACCUGCCAAGAAAAGUCUAUUUGGUCAACAAUGGACACACGGCUCUGCUUCACGCCUCGAAAGACAGCGAAAAGGCUUACAUGUCCGGGGGACCACUGAACGGAACCUACGUGUUCGAGCAGCUCCACUUCCACUGGGGCGAGAACGACAGGGAAGGUUCCGAAGAUCUGAUAAACAAUCACUCGUUCGCCAUGGAACUUCACGCCGUGUUCUACAAGGACGAUUACGGAUCCAUGAACGGGGCUGUGGCCUACAGGGAUGGACUGGCGGUGCUGGCGUUCUUCUUCGAGGCUGAGGCCGACAACAAAGCCAAUCCUAUGUUCGACGAUCUCGUCGAAGCUCUGCCCAAGAUCGAGAAGGUCGGCUCGGAAAUCCGACUGAAGGACAGUCUGCGACUGGAAAACCUUUUGGAUCCGGCUGGUCCACCGGACGAUCGAAUGCAAAACUAUUUCACCUACAACGGCUCGUUGACGACGCCGCCUUGUUCCGAAGUCGUCACCUGGAUCGACUUUAAGCAUCCGCUGUUUUUGUCACAUGCUCAGAUAGCAGCGUUCCGGGACAUCACCAGUUCGGAGGGACAGAAGCUGACGCACAAUUUCCGGCCGGUACAGCCUCUGGCCGACCGUUUGGUGCUUCACAAUUCGCCGAAGCGAUUAACCGGCGAAAUCAGCGAAAAAACCAACGAGAUUCUGGCGGACGAACAGCAGCCGUCGUCCGCGAGUUCUCCCGAGUACGCAGCCCUUGCCUACGUGUUUUUGAUACUUUCCGCCUACAACGCGCGGUGAACGCGUCGCUAUCAUUAUUUUUAAUUAAUGCGACUUUUUAAUUUUAAUUAUCGAGACCGGCGCGGGUCUUCUGAAACUUUAGCGACAGAUUCAACGAAUCUGGACGGAUGUGUUUGAACACGUGUCAAUCGUAACAAGAAAACACUCUGUACACUUUAUGGCCUGUAGCCGGUGUAUGUACAGUCGAACACAUUAUGUCAGAGUCAGGCAGUGUUUGUUGAUGUGAUAUAACAUCGGUUUAUUAGUACAGCGCUUUGUACUGCGUAGCUUAGGCUACGAAUAAUUCUCAGUUUAGUUUACUUUAAUUUAUACGAUUUAAUCAAAGUAUAUAGUUGAAAUCGACGUGGGUUGGAUAACGUUUACAUUUUUCAUCGCCCUAAUCGAAAGCUGAAAAGAAGUUCUUCAAUAGUUUGUUUACACUUUGGGACAAUUGAAACAUCAAAUUUUAUACGAAUAGUAUACAUCAAUUUUCAAUCAAUCAACACACACGAUUUUAAUUUAUUGACGUAUUUAUGGUCAUAUCGCAUCUGUCGUUUAUUUAAACUGCGAUAACGAUUUUUAACGAAUUUUUUUAUCGUAAUAGAACACUUGUAAUAUAUGCAAACGCAUCAAAUUUUAUUCAAAUGAUUCACGCGUAUUUGCCACUCAAAUUUUACAUUCUCUCAACAACAUGAAAUCCCUUUUUCUCUAUUUUUUACGAAUUUUCAUUAGUUAUCCGAAAACCCACUGCACGUGUAUAUAAUACUCAUUCAACAAUUAAACAAAACUUCAUUUAUUUCCAUGUUUUAUGGAUCUUUUUACUUUUGUUCAUCAUAUACGUAUUACGAUUAUUGAGCUAUUUCACGACGAUCACGUCGUAGUUACUACCCAUUUAACAAAUUACGUUUGAUUUUUAAAAACGUUAUUUGCUGCUUUAUGUCUCAUUGUAAAAUUGUAAAGCAUUCGAUUCCGCAUGUGUAAUUAAAAAAAUUCUAUCCUUGUCUAUUUAAUUAUAAAAAUUGUAGGUAGGUAAUGAUGAAAUACUUUACUAGAAAGUGUAUUCUCAAGCAAAUAUUUUGAAGUUCACGCGGGCGCUAAUAAAGUUAGUAAACAAAAACUAACAAAUUGUACGUACCCACCGUGACUAAAAUUUUAGCUAUAUCUGUAUACAGAUGUAUUUUUAUAGUAUAUAUUUUUUGUGAAAUAAAGUAUAAAACAUACAUUCAUGAA